AUGGCGGAUCGAAAACUAUACGUUACCGGCGCCAUAGGUUCUGUUCGACAAUGGGAAGGGUUUGGACCACCCUACCUGCUUCCAGAUCUUGAAGACGCUGGUUGUUAUGCUGAGACUUGUGCUUCGUUUGCGCUGGUGAAUUGGUGUAGCCGUCUUUUGCGGAUAGAUCUACAAGGUAAGUACGGUGAUGUAAUGGAAAUUACUCUAUACAAUGCGUUCCUGGGCGCAGUGAGCGUGGAAGGAGAUGCUUUCUACUAUCAGAAUGUACUGCGAACCCUCACUAAUAAGCCGAAGAAGUGA